GGGCAGAAGCCUCCGCGUCGCUGCUGCAGAAGCCCCAUGCGCCGCAGGCUGCCAAGUGUGAGGCAAACUGUAGUGGCCACGGAAAAUGCGAGGAAUCUGGGCGUUGUGAAUGUCAUGCGGGCUGGACAGGAAGUAUGUGCGACAUGCCGCUCUGCCCCAGCAACUGCCAUAGCCGUGGAAUGUGCCUCCACGGAAAGUGCAUCUGCCAGCCGGGCUGGCACGGCGCAGCGUGUCACAUCCAGCGCUGCCCCAACGAUUGCUCCAGCGCUGGCUACUGCUUCCAGGGCAAGUGCAAAUGCAACGAGGGCUUU